UGAAUUUAAAGAAAAACUGAGAAUAUGGACCACACACACUGUAGUACCAUUCCAUACUUUGACAAGUUUAUGUUGAUUUCCGAGUGUUGACUGGUGUCAUACUGUCAUGGUGUGGGUUGCGUUGUUGUUCACUAUACUUAUCCUAGUAGUAGCCUUUGCACUUUGCAGUAUGAACUAGUUUUGUCCUUUUAAAAAAGCCUGCACACAUGCACGGAACUGGAAUCAUCCUCAAUAAACCCAAAUGCCAGGAAUAUCCCCUAAUUUCUCGUUAUUUGCUCAACUCAAAGCCGAUCAAUCUAACAAAUCUUUCCAAAAACUUCUUCCGUUCUGCCAAUUUCUUCACUGUUCCAACCUUUUAUUGCCAUUGUCGUCAGAAUUCACCCACUCAUCUUACUGCUUCUCAGGUUGAAAAACAAUCUAUGGCAUCUACGGAAAAUGAAGAAGCUUUUUUACUGAAGUACGAAGUAUGGCAAGAUCAAACUUUUUUCAAGUGGAGAAAGAGAGAUGCACAUGUUCCUCUACGCUGUCAUGAUACAGUAGAAGGAUCUCUCAGAUACUGGCUUGAAAGAAGCAAGGUGGAUUUAUCAGCAUCAGACUUGGCCAUUUGGGAUGAGUCGGAUGACAAUGCUGUAGCUGCUGCUCUGAAUUGCGCUUCUUCUUGGGUCAAAGGCUUGCCUUUUGUGAAGUCUUUAUCUGGUUGUUGGAAAUUUCACUUGGCUUCUGGACCAAGUAGAGUCCCAUCAAAGUUUUACCAGAGUGAAUUUCAUGACAACGAUUGGGGAACUGUACCAGUUCCUUCUAAUUGGGAGAUGCAUGGAUAUGGUCAGCCUAUCUACACAAACACUGAAUAUCCAUUCCUGGUUGACCCUCCCCAUGUUCCCCCAGAAAAUCCGACAGGCUGCUACAGGACAUACUUUGAUAUUCCCAAUGUAUGGGAAGGUCGAAGAAUACUAUUGUACUUUGAAGCUGCUGAUUCUGCCUACCAUGUAUGGGUAAACGGGUCUCCUGUUGGAUACAGUCAGGAUAGUCGGCUGCCUGCUGAGUUUGAAAUUACCGAAUACAUUCAUCCAUGUGGUUCAGAAAAGAAAAAUGUUUUAGCUGUUCAAGUCAUAAGAUGGAGUGAUGGUUCUUACCUUGAAGACCAAGAUCACUGGUGGUUGUCUGGGAUUCAUCGUGAUGUGCUGCUACUAGCAAAACCUGAGGUUUUUAUUGCAGAUUAUUCCUUCAUUUCACACUUGGAUGGCAGUUUUUCUCAUGCAGACUUAGCGGUUGAGGUAAAGGUUGACACUCCACAAGGAAUGCCUAGAGACCGCAUCCUUUCUGAUUUUACUCUGGAAACAAGAAUUUAUGACAAUGGAAAAUGGCAUGAAAGUGAUGGACCAAAUGAUCUUCUUUCAUCUGUGGUGACACAAAUGGAACUUGUACCACCUGCAAGUUUCAGGUUUAAUGGAUAUCAUUUUAAAGGAAUGAUAGAGAGUCCAAGACUUUGGUCUGCUGAGCAGCCGAAUCUGUACACUCUGGUUGUGAUCUUGAAAGACGCAUCUGGUAAUGUGGUAGAUUGUGAAUCGUGCCAGGUAGGUAUUAGGCAAAUAACUACUGCUUACAAACAGUUAAUGGUUAAUGGACAACCUGUUAUGGUUAGAGGCGUAAAUAGACAUGAGUUCCACCCACGUCUUGGAAAGACAAAUUUGGAGUACUGCAUGGUUAAGGACCUGGUAUUGAUGAAGCAGUAUAAUAUCAAUGCUGUAAGGAACAGCCACUAUCCCAACCAUUCUCGAUGGUAUGAGUUGUGUGAUCUAUUUGGCAUGUACAUGAUAGAUGAAGCAAACAUUGAGACACAUGGUUUUGAUGACUCUGGUCCUUUUAAACAUCCUACAAUGGAACCCACCUGGGCUGCUGCUAUGCUUGAUCGUGUUAUAGGCAUGGUUGAAAGGGACAAAAACCACGCAUGCAUCAUUUCUUGGUCCUUGGGCAAUGAGGCUGGAUAUGGACCAAAUCAUUCUGCUUUAGCUGGUUGGAUUAGAGGAAGAGACUCUUCUAGGGUGGUACAUUAUGAAGGAGGUGGAUCCAGAACCUCAUCUACUGAUAUAGUGUGUCCCAUGUACAUGCGUGUUUGGGACAUGGUAAAGAUUGCCAAUGAUCCAAAUGAAGCAAGGCCUCUCAUAUUAUGCGAGUACUCACACGCUAUGGGAAACAGCAACGGUAAUAUAGAUGAGUACUGGGAAGCUAUUGAUAACACAUUUGGACUUCAGGGAGGCUUCAUAUGGGAUUGGGUUGAUCAGGGAUUACUAAAGGAAGGUGCAGAUGGUAAGAAGCACUGGGCCUAUGGAGGCGACUUUGGUGAUACUCCCAAUGACCUGAACUUCUGCAUCAAUGGCCUUGUAUGGCCUGAUAGAACUCCUCAUCCUGCACUGCAUGAAGUGAAAUAUCUUUAUCAGCCAAUCAAGGUUUUACUCAACGAAGGGUUGCUCAAGAUAAUAAACACUCAUUUUUACGAAACUACUGAAGGAUUGGACUUUCACUGGGUUAUUCUUGGUGAUGGAUGUGAAUUAGGAUCUGGAGUUUUUUCUCUGCCACAAAUUGAACCCCAGGGUAGCCAUUCUAUGGAAUGGGCAUCUGGUCCAUGGUACAUGGCUUGGACCUCGUGUACUGCCGAGGAAAUUUUCUUGACAAUAACUGUGAAACUACUCAAUUCCACUCGCUGGGCGGAAGCUGAUCAUGUGAUUUCAUCUACGCAAGUGCCAUUGCCUCCCAAGAAAAAGUCUGCUCCUCAUGCUAUCAAACCUAAGGAUCCUGUCAUCCAAACUGAGAGUCAUGGAGACUUGAUCAAGAUUUUUCAACAGGAUGUUAGUGAGAUUAUGUUUAACACUCAGACAGGAUUGAUUGAGAGCUGGAAGGUUCAAGGAGUUCCUGUGAUGAACAGAGGCAUAGUUCCUUGUUUCUGGAGAGCUCCUACAGAUAAUGACAAAGGGGGUGGUGCUGAAAGUUACUUAUCUAAGUGGAAAUCUGCUCUCCUUGAUGACAUAGUUUUCCUGGCCAAUAGCUGUUCGGUUCAGAAUAACACAGGAUUUAUUGAAAUAGCUGCAGUUUUUCUUGGAAUCCCAAGAUCAAAAAAAAGUUCUGAACCAAAAGAAUCUGAUAUUACUUUUACAGUUAAUAUAACUUAUAUAAUCUAUGGUUCUGGAGAUAUAAUAAUUGAGACUAGUGUCAAACCUCGGUCUGAUAUUCCGCCUUUGCCUCGGAUUGGAAUUGAGUUCCAUUUAGACAAAGAAGUGGACAGAAUAAAAUGGUAUGGUAAGGGGCCAUUUGAGUGUUACCCUGAUAGAAAAGCAGCUGCUCAGGUAGCAAUUCAUGAGAAAUCUGUUGGUGAGAUGCAUGUUCCUUACAUAGUUCCUGGAGAAUGUGGUGGGAGGGCGGAAGUUAGAUGGCUGACAUUACAAAACAAGGACGGUGUAGGAAUUUAUGCUUCCAUAUAUGGUAGUUCCCCAGCAAUGCAAAUGAGCGCCAGCUACUACACGACAACUGAGCUAGAUCGGGCUACUCAUAAUGAAAAUCUUGUUGAAGGAGAGGACAUUGAGGUUCAUCUUGAUCACAAGCAUAUGGGUUUGGGAGGAGACGAUAGCUGGAGCCCAUGUGUCCAUGAUAAGUAUCUUAUCCCUCCUGCACCUUAUUCAUUUUCUAUCAGAUUAUGUCCACUCACUUCUGCAAGUACAGGACAUCUUAUCUACAAAGCUCAACAACAAUAAACUCCCCUACAAUGUUUGAGAAUAACAUGUCCAACAUUCAUUAGCAUUUAGUUGCAUAUAUUUGGAUUGACAUACACAUGCUCUCCUUUUCAAUAAAUAAAUGUAACUUUAGGUUUUGCUGAUGAAAUUAUGGAAAUACAUAAAAUCGCAGAACAGACAGCUUUGGUUUCCAUGUUUGUGGACCGGCAUAA